CGCUGAUCAGUUUCACACUCCAGACAAACUCGCAUGUGAACUUUGACUAUAUUAUUAUUAGUAUCUCGAUUGCGCGUGGAGUAGUUGGGGAUACUGCUCGCUCACCCAGCCUAUACUGCGCUUGUAAUCGACACUGACUGAAGUCCGUUGGAAAGCCUUCCAGAAGAUGGGAAAGAAGCGGGUUCUGGUGAGCUGGGGCGUUGACGUUGACGCCGUUGCUGGAUGGUUGGGAUCGUAUGGAGGCGAAAACUCAACAAGCGACAUCAGCCGAGGCAUCUUCGCUGCCACUGUUGGAACUCAGCGUAUGUUGAAGAUGUUUGACAAAUACAACAUCAAAGCAACAUGGUUCAUUCCGGGUCACACUCUUGAUUCGUUUCCAACAGAAAUGGCGGCGGUGCGAGACGCUGGUCAUGAGAUUGGCCUGCACGGCUACUCGCAUGAGAACCCAGCAGACAUGACACUGGAUCAACAACGAGUUAUCCUCGACAAGACUUAUAGACAGCUCACCGAAUUUUGCGGCAAACCGCCAAAGGGUAGCGUUGCGCCAUGGUGGGAAGCCAGUGCCGAGGGAGCACAGCUCCUGUUAGAUUACGGAAUUGAAUAUGACCACAGCCUCAGCCAUCAUGACUGUCAGGCGUACUAUCUUCGAACCGGAGAUUCAUGGACCAAAAUCGACUACAAGAAACAUCCAAAUGAGUGGAUGAAGCCGUUGGUCAAUGGCAAAGAAACUGGGCUUGUGGAGAUCCCCGCCAAUUGGUAUAUUGACGACCUCCCACCAAUGAUGUUUAUUAAAGCUGCGCCCAACAGCCACGGAUAUGUAAAUCCGCGAGACGUUGAGGACAUCUGGAGAGACACCUUUGAUUAUUGCUACAGAGAGUACGACGAGUUUAUUUUCCCAAUUACUUGCCACCCUGAUGUCUCGGGCCGACCGCAGGUCAUCUUGAUGCACGAACGACUCAUCGAACAUUUUAUGAAGCAUGAAGGAGUGGAAUUCGUGACCAUGGGUUACAUUUCUGACGAUUUCAAGAAGCGAAACUCUCCGGCGGCUGGCGCUGCAAUGCCGGCCCCAGCGGGAUCCAUGUUAAGACAGUCACCUAUACAAUAGUUCAUCAAAAUUCAAUAGAUACCCGGUUUUCAGUAUCUAAAUGUGACCACUACCGGGUUUUGC